GCGGACAGCGCGCGCGUCUCAAGCCCCAACGCUCAAUUUGCGGAUAAGCAAAACAAAAACAAACAUAUCCUUAUCCAAGUGCCAAUUGUCAGCGCAACGUUAUCCGCUGCAGCAUGUUGCUCGCGCAGAGGGCAGCUCAGGUGCUGCCGCUGCUUCUGCUGCCGCUGCUGCUCGACCUGACGGAGCUGCCCAGCGCCACGGCCUGGAUGAAGUUCAACAGUUACACGGCGCUCGGCCGGAAGCGCACGGAUCUGCGCAAGAAAUGUCCAAAUGUGCGCGCCAUACGCAACUUUGAUCUGGAGCUAAUGAUGGGCAAUUGGCAUGUGGUCCAAUAUUAUGCCUCCACGGAGGAGCUGCCCGAAUAUGCGUGCAUGCGCAGCAAUUUUGCCUUUUCCAGCGAGGACCAGCAUAUAACCAUGAACUUUAGCUACAUCUUUGCCGAAGAUCCGCUGCGCGAGAAGCUGCAGGGCAACAUCACGUGGCUGAUACCGGACUUUGGCACGCCCGGCCACUGGAUGCACACCGAGGACAUAUACGAGGGCAUUUACAACACCUAUGUGCUGGACACGGAUUAUAGGAACUGGGGUCUGAUCAUGCACUGUGCCGAGAAGAAGAAGCAUCCGCGAUAUUUGUCCGCAUUGCUGCUGUCGAGGCAGCCCACGCUGGGCGAUAAUGUGAUUACAUUUUUGAGAGAGAAAUUGCCACGCUAUGAUAUUGACUUGUCGUUCAUGUUUGCCAUUAAUCAAACUUUGUGCGAGCAUCUGAUGGAGUCGAGCAAAGAUGAUCCGCUGGCGUAUAUUGUGAAUGGACAGCAGAGCGUUACAGAUAGCAUUAAGCUGAUCAAUAAACCAUAAUUAAAUA